AUGAAGCAAAUUCUUUUAAUAUUCCUUGUAGUUGCAAGUGUUGCAAUUGCACAGGACAAGGACUGGUGGGAAACAGCGAAUUUUUAUCAAAUUUAUCCAAGAAGUUUUAAAGACUCGGAUGGUGAUGGCGUUGGUGACUUAAAAGGAAUAAUUUCAAAAUUGCCAUAUUUGAAGGAAUUGGGAGUAACUGCAACGUGGUUAAGUCCAAUUUUGAAAAGUCCUCAAGUUGAUUUUGGAUAUGAUAUUCAAGACUUUUUCAAUGUCGAUGAAAUUUUUGGAACCAAUGCUGAUCUUGCAUUAAUGUUUUCUGAGGCUGAAAAGCUAGGCAUUAAGAUCAUUAUGGAUUUUGUGCCUAACCACACAUCUGACAAACACGAAUGGUUUAUUAAGUCAGUGGAAAGAGAUCCAGAAUAUAUUAACUAUUAUGUAUGGCAUGAUGGUAAGCCAAAUCCUGAAGGAGGCAGAAAUUUACCACCAAAUAAUUGGCAAGCUGUUUUUGCCACACGUGCAUGGACAUGGAACGAGAAACGUGGACAAUAUUAUUUGCAUCAGUUUGCUGCUGGUCAGCCAGAUCUCAAUUUUAGAAAUCCUAAAGUUGUACAAGCUAUGAAGGAUGUUCUGUCUCAUUGGAUGACCAUGGGAGCGGCUGGAUUUCGCAUUGACGCCAUUAAUCACUUGUUCGAGGUUGAAGAUUUUAGAGAUGAACCCUUAACCGGAUGGACUAAUGACACAAAUAAUUAUGGCUAUACUCAUCAUUAUUAUACAAAGGAUUUGGAUGAAACAUACAACAUGAUCUCAGAAUGGAGAACACUUAUAAAUAAAUUCAAUGAAGACAAUCCAGGCAACACAAGAGUAUUAUUUACGGAAGCUUAUGCGAAUUUGACCUUCACAAUGAAGUACUAUUUUGAUGAGGCAGGCAAACCUAGAGCACAUUUUCCAUUCAACUUCCUUUUGAUUGAAAAUCUUAAUGAAAAUUCAUCAGCUAAUGAGUUUAAGACAAAAAUUGAUGAAUGGUUUGCUGCAUUACCAGCUGGUGCAACUUCUAAUUGGGUCCUCGGAAACCACGACAAGCCACGAUUUGGAUCACGUUAUGGAACUGAAAGAAUUGAUGGAAUGUUGAUGCUAUUGCUUUUAUUGCCCGGUGUCGCAGUCACUUAUAAUGGUGAUGAAAUUGGAAUGUUAGACUACCGAUAUGGCAUUUCAUGGGAAGACACAGUCGAUCCACAGGCAUGCAACACAAAUGAUCCAGUCAACUUUGUAUGGGCAUCAAGAGAUCCCGUUCGUACACCAUUCCAAUGGGAUGCAACUGAGAAUGCAGGUUUUUCAACAGCAAAUGAGACAUGGUUACCAGUUAAUGAUAACUACAGAUCUUUAAAUUUGGCUGCACAACGUGAAGAUGAAGACAGCUUCUUCAAGUAUUACCAACGUUUGUCAACUCUCCGUACAAACAAAGUUUUCCAAAAUGGAGACUUUAAAUCACAUGCAUUUAAUGAUAAAGUUUUCUCAUUCCAACGAACAUACCAAAAUGAAACUUAUGUAGUUCUCAUUAAUUUCGGAAGUGCUCCAUAUACAGUAAAAGUUAAUGAUAUGGGCGUCAACUUCCCAGAGAAGGCUGAAGUUGUUGUCGGUGGAUCAAGAUCAUGUAACAAAGCUGGUGAUAUCUUGGACUCAAAUGCAAUCACUUUAAAGGCAUAUAAUGCUAUUGUUAUUAUGGCUAAUUCAGCUAGUGCAGCUGUAUCUAGUUUGAUCAUUUUGAUUGCUGGAUUUUUGAUUAAUCGAUUUUUCAAUUAA